AUGAUCGUGACUGUGCGCAGACAACUAAACCUUAGCUUUGAUGAUCUGCCGAGUUUGAAUGAUGAACCAAGACACGUGGUCAUUAUAAUGAGGAGUCGCAGUAACUCGGGAGUACGCCUUGAUGUUUAUGCCCGGCUGGUGCAUGAGACGAUCCUAUGCCAUCAGAGCCCAGUGACCGGCCUGCUGCCUGCCAGUGCCCAGCAGAAGGAUGCCUGGGUGCGGGACAACGUCUACAGCGUCCUGUCCGUGUGGGGGCUGGGAAUGGCAUAUCGCAAAAAUGCAGACCGAGACGAGGACAAGGCCAAAGCGUAUGAGCUGGAGCAGAGUGUGGUGAAGCUGAUGCAAGGUCUUCUUCAGUGCAUGAUGCGACAGGUGGCGAAGGUGGAGAAGUUCAAACACACCCAGAGCACAAAGGACUGUCUUCAUGCCAAAUACGACACGCCCACCUGUGCCACGGUGGUGGCUGAUGACCAAUGGGGUCAUCUGCAAGUGGACGCCACCUCCAUCUACCUGCUCACUCUGGCCCAGAUGACCGCUUCAGGUCUUCGCAUCAUUUCAAACCUCGAUGAAGUCGCGUUCAUUCAAAACCUCGUCUUCUACAUUGAGGCUGCGUAUAAAGUAGCAGAUUACGGCAUGUGGGAACGUGGAGACAAAACCAAUCAGGGCAUUGCUGAGCUGAAUGCCAGUUCAGUGGGAAUGGCCAAGGCGGCUCUAGAGGCCAUAGAUGAGCUGGAUCUCUUCGGUGCUCACGGAGGACCCAAAUCUGUGAUCCACGUCUUACCAGAUGAAGUCGAACACUGUCAGUCCAUCCUGUGCACCAUGCUGCCGAGAGCUUCACCGUCAAAAGAGAUCGACGCUGGUCUGCUGUCCGUCAUUUCCUUUCCUGCUUUUGCUGUUGAAAACGCAGAGCUGGUGUCUAUAACAAAGUCAGAGAUCAUUAACAAACUUCAGGGACGCUAUGGCUGCUGUCGUUUUAUCAGAGAUGGAUAUUGCUGUCCCAAAGAGGACCCCACGCGGCUGCACUAUGACCCAGCGGAGCUCAAACUGUUUGAGAAUAUUGAGUGUGAGUGGCCCCUGUUCUGGACCUACCUCAUUCUGGACGGAAUUUUCUCUGGAGAUCAUGGACAGGUGGAAGAAUAUCGAGAGGCACUAGAGGGAAUUUUGAUCAGACAGAAGAACGGUAUAAAACUCCUGCCUGAGCUGUAUUCAGUGCCACACGACAAGGUGGAUGAGGAGUACAGGAACCCGCACAGUGUGGACCGUGUGUCUUUGGGGAAGCUGCCUCACAUGUGGGGACAGUCUCUCUACAUACUGGGCUGUCUGCUGGCUGAGGGUUUCUUGGCACCAGGAGAGAUCGACCCACUCAACAGGAGAUUCUCUACUAAUGUCAAACCAGAUGUUGUUGUACAGGUUUGUGUUUUGGCCGAAACAGACGAGAUCCAGGAGCUUCUCGGUGACCUCGGGUUUACGGUGCAGAAGAUGGCGGAGGUUCAACCGAUUCGAGUUCUUCCGGCACGACUCCUCAGCCACAUCUAUGUCCGGCUCGGACAGUGUAAAAAACUGAAUCUCAGCGGGAGGCCGUACCGACACAUCGGCGUUUUGGGAACAUCAAAGUUUUACGUAAUCCGAGACAGAUCCUAUAUAUUCACUCCACAGUUUUUGGAUCAACACCACUUCUACCUGGCGCUGGACAACCAAAUGAUUGUGGAGAUGUUGAGGACAGAAGUGGCGUAUCUGUCGUCCUGCUGGAGGAUGACGGGACGCCCCACUCUCACCUUUCCCAUCACACGCAGCAUGCUAGUUGACGAUGGAGACGCCAUAGAUCCUUGCAUCAUCGCAACCCUUCGGAAACUACAAGGUGGCUACUUCGUUGGAUCACGAGUGCAGAUGUCCGACUUGUCCAGUUUCCAGACCACAUCGUUUCAUACUCGCCUCAGUUUCCUUGACGAAGGAAAUGAUGAGUUUGAGGAAGACGUGGAUGAUGAUGAGGAUGAGGAGCUCGGGGGAGACACUUACGACGCCUAUGGGACGUCGGAAAACUCAACGGACAUCUUUGACCAGUACUUGAUGCAGCUUUUACACAGCACUACCACAAAGAGCCACCUCCCUCCCAUCCAGCGGGGGCAGCACCAUGUCUUCAGCGCCGAACACACCACUCGAGACAUUUUGUCUUUAAUGGCCAAAGUCCAGGGCAUCGACAUACCGCAGUCCUCCAUGUAUCUCCCCAUCACUCCAGCCAUGACCACCAGAAAACACAGGAAGACCCUGAACUUACUGGAGGUGCCUCAUCUAAACCACGGACCCCACUCCAAACAGCAGAAGCAUCACAGUGAAGCUGAUCUGCACCUGCCACGAGACGCUCAGGGGAAAACGGACUUCUCCACUUUAGUGCAGCAGCUGAAGGAAUGUCCCACUCUGCAGGACCAGGCCGACAUCCUCUAUGUGCUCUACCUGAUGAAAGGUCCGGACUGGCCCGUGGAGCUGUCUGGUCCGGGUAAGGGGGGAGUGAGUGUCCGCGUGCUGCUGGAGGAGCUCUACGUUGAGGCCGGAGCCUCCAAAGAGUGGGGUCUGAUCCGCUACAUAUCUGGGAUGCUCCGGAAGAGGGUGGAGGUCCUGGCUGAGGCCUGCACUGACCUGAUCUCCCACCACAAACAGCUGACAGUUGGACUUCCUCCGGAGCCCAGAGAGAGAGUCAUCACUGUGCCGCUCCCUCCAGAAGAACUCAAUGAUCUCAUUUAUGAAGCCAGUGGACAGGACAUCAGCAUCGCUGUGCUCACUCAGGAGAUCAUGGUAUACUUGGCCAUGUACGUGCGCUCUCAGCCCUCUCUGUUUGGAGACAUGCUGAGGCUGCGGAUCGGACUCAUCAUGCAGGUCAUGGCCACAGAGCUGGCACGCAGCCUCCACUGCUCUGGCGAGGAGGCGUCCGAGAGUCUGAUGAGCCUCAGUCCUUUUGGGAUGAAGAAUUUGCUCCAUCACAUCCUCAGUGGAAAAGAGUUUGGAGUGGAGCGCAGUGUGCGUCCGAUCCAGUCCACUGCCACCAGUCCUGCCAUCUCCAUCCAUGAGAUCGGCCACACAGGUGCCACCAAAACUGAACGCACCGGGAUUCACAAACUCAAGAGUGAAAUCAAACAGCUCGAUGGCUCUCGUCCCAUCAGUAUCAUCAGCGGAGGUCAUUCGUUGAGUAGCACUGUCACUUCUCCGCGAUCGACGCGCUGCAGCAGUCCAUCCACCCCCAGCGGGAUCCUGUCUCCGGUCAGCUCGUGCCCAGGCGAGGGGCAGCUAGUCUGGGAGGACCGGCAGGGGCAGUGGCUGAGACGCCGCAGGCUGGACGGGGCCAUCAACCGGGUCCCCACUGGAUUCUACCAAAGAGUGUGGAGGAUCCUGCAGAAGUGCCACGGCCUGUCCUUCGAUGGAUAUGUGCUGCCCUCCUCCACCACUAGAGAGAUGACGAUCGGAGAGAUAAAGUUUGCGGUACAGGUGGAGUCCGUGUUGAACCACGUCCCGCAGCCCGAGUACCGGCAACUGCUGGUGGAGACCCUGAUGGUGCUGGGGAUGGUCGCUGACGUGGACGUGGACUCCAUCGGGAGCAUCAUCCACGUCGACCGUAUUCUGCAUUUGGCAAAUGACUUCUUCCUCAACGACCAGAAGUCCCUAAGUGCUGGUGACUACUUCUUGGAGAAGGACCCAGCAACAGGCAUCUGUAAUUUCUUCUACGACAGCGCCCCCAGUGGCAGCUACGGGACCAUGACGUAUUUGUCCAAAGCUGUGGUCACAUAUAUCCAAGACUUCCUCCCCAACACCAGCUGCAUCAUGCAGUAA